UUAGCUAGCUAACGUGAUCGGGGAUUCCUAUUGGAGAAGCAGUUUCUGCCUAUCUUCAGACUGUACUGUCUUUGGGCGAAGUGCUUCAUUCUGACGUUUGGCGUUUCCUAUUGAGAUAGAACACACCUCUUCCUGUCGGUGUCAGAGUAGUAACUUCACCAUAUUUAGUUGGUCAGAGCCCCACAGAGUUGAGCACAGGCAACCGGGCUGAAAAUCUUAGUCAUAUCGGCGAAUGCAACCGGGAGUUGAUAGCCUAGAAACAGCGAGACUGGCCGCUUUUGGAGAGUGACAUCAGUGGAAACAAGGCUGCACAUCAAAACGGGUGCAAGCUGCCUAUCGACAGCAGACUUUGAGUGAUAAGUAGCUGUUCAAUUGUCGGAUGAGAAUUCUAACUAGGAGUCGAAGAUGGCUAGCUAGCUUAUUAUCGCCCAGCCUUAAAUUCGAUAUCUGCUGUACGUAAAACCGAAUUUCAGAUUUUUAUAAAGCGAACUGGUAAGAAACUAAAGAGCCCAGUGAAUCUGCAAUUAUGAUAUCUUGACAAGUGUCAGUUAGCUAUGUUUUUCUCAAUCCAUUUGCUAAUCUAGCUAGUUGCUAGCUAGUUUCAGCGUCGUUGAAGCUCGAGCAAGUAUCGCCGUGGCAGUGAAAUCUGAUUGGAUACCUUGAUCGUGUGAACAACUUGCAGACGCUGGGUCGAGGAAGACCCUCGUCCAAAGGGACUGGAACAGGGGCUCGUUUGACAGUGAGCGGAGAGGAGAACUCUGGGGAACCCGUAACUACUCGGCUGCAUCGCCUGUGAGGCGUUGAACUGCCGAUAAACCAGAUUGAACCAAGCAAGAGUUCCUGACGUUUGACAUCUGUGAUCCGGGGAGUAAACCGGGCAGGGACCUCAUGAAUGGAAAUCGGAACUACAGGAGCCGUUGGAGCCCAGCCCCUGUUCACUGUGCCGCGGCGGCCUGGCUAUGGCACCAUGGGAAAGCCCAUCAAGCUGCUGGCCAACUGCUUCCAGGUGGAUAUCCCCAAGAUAGACGUCUACCUCUAUGAGGUGGACAUCAAGCCCGAGAAGUGCCCGCGCCGCGUCAACAGGGAGGUGGUGGACUCCAUGGUGCAGCACUUCAAGGUUACCAUCUUUGGGGAUCGUCGGCCAGUCUACGAUGGGAAGAGGAGCUUGUACACAGCGAACCCGCUGCCUGUGGCAACCGCAGGGGUGGAUCUGGACGUCACUCUACCGGGUGAGGGGGGCAAGGACCGGCCCUUUAAGGUCUCAAUCAAGUUUGUGUCCCUGGUGAGCUGGCACAUGCUGCACGAGGUGCUAACGGGCCGCAGCGUGCCUGAGCCCCUGGAGCUGGACAAGCCCAUCAGCACCAACCCAGUACACGCUGUGGAUGUAGUGCUGCGACACUUGCCCUCCAUGAAGUACACCCCGGUGGGUCGCUCCUUCUUCUCAGCCCCAGAGGGCUACGACCAUCCUCUGGGAGGGGGGAGAGAGGUGUGGUUUGGUUUCCACCAGUCUGUACGUCCCGCCAUGUGGAAGAUGAUGCUCAAUAUUGACGUUUCUGCCACGGCCUUCUACAAAGCCCAGCCUGUGAUCCAGUUCAUGUGUGAGGUCCUGGACAUCCACAACAUAGACGAGCAGCCCCGACCUCUCACAGACUCCCACCGGGUCAAGUUCACCAAAGAAAUCAAAGGUCUGAAGGUGGAGGUGACACACUGUGGAACCAUGCGGCGGAAGUACCGCGUUUGCAACGUAACCCGUCGGCCUGCCAGCCAUCAAACGUUCCCUCUGCAGCUGGAGAAUGGUCAAACGGUGGAACGCACGGUGGCCCAGUACUUCAGAGAGAAGUAUAGCCUGCAGCUCAAGUAUCCCCACCUACCCUGCCUCCAGGUGGGGCAGGAGCAGAAGCACACCUACCUGCCCCUGGAGGUGUGUAACAUAGUAGCAGGGCAGCGCUGCAUCAAGAAACUGACAGAUAAUCAGACGUCCACUAUGAUCAAAGCCACGGCUCGCUCUGCACCUGACAGACAGGAGGAGAUCAGCCGGCUGGUGCGUAGUGCCAACUACGAGGCUGACCCCUUUGUGCAGGAGUUCCAGUUCAAGGUGCGCGACGAGAUGGCCCACGUGACUGGGCGCGUGCUGCCCGCCCCCAUGCUGCAAUACGGCGGCAGGAACCGGACAGUGGCCACCCCAAGUCACGGGGUGUGGGACAUGAGGGGCAAACAGUUCCACACGGGAGUAGAGAUCAAGAUGUGGGCCAUCGCGUGUUUCGCCACUCAGAGGCAGUGUCGCGAGGAGAUCCUCAAGGGUUUCACAGACCAGCUGCGUAAGAUCUCCAAGGAUGCUGGGAUGCCCAUCCAGGGCCAGCCGUGUUUCUGUAAAUACGCCCAGGGAGCCGACAGUGUGGAGCCCAUGUUCAGGCACCUGAAGAACACCUACUCUGGACUGCAGCUCAUCAUCGUCAUCCUGCCCGGAAAGACCCCCGUCUACGCGGAGGUGAAGAGGGUGGGAGAUACUCUCCUAGGAAUGGCCACUCAGUGUGUCCAGGUGAAGAACGUGGUGAAGACGUCCCCCCAGACCCUCUCCAACCUCUGCCUCAAGAUCAAUGUCAAGCUGGGGGGAAUCAACAAUAUCCUGGUGCCCCACCAACGACCCUCAGUGUUCCAGCAGCCAAUCAUCUUCCUGGGGGCGGACGUUACACACCCCCCUGCUGGAGAUGGGAAGAAGCCCUCCAUCGCUGCAGUGGUGGGCAGUAUGGACGCCCACCCCAGCAGGUACUGUGCCACAGUCCGGGUCCAGAGGCCCAGGCAGGAGGUGAUCCAGGAUCUGGCCUCUAUGGUCCGAGAACUGCUGAUCCAGUUCUACAAGUCGACCCGCUACAAGCCCACCAGGAUCAUCUUCUACAGGGACGGAGUGUCAGAGGGCCAGUUCAGACAGGUGCUGUACUACGAGCUGCUGGCCAUCCGCGAGGCCUGCAUUGGCCUAGAGAAGGAGUACCAGCCCGGCAUCACCUACAUCGUGGUCCAGAAACGCCACCACACCCGCCUCUUCUGUGCCGACCGCAACGAAAGGGUUGGACGUAGUGGAAACAUUCCUGCUGGCACCACGGUGGACACGGACAUCACGCACCCCUACGAGUUUGACUUUUACCUCUGCAGUCACGCUGGAAUACAGGGCACCAGUCGGCCCUCCCACUACCACGUCCUGUGGGACGACAACUGCUUCACGGCCGACGAGUUCCAGCUGCUCACUUACCAGCUGUGCCACACCUACGUGCGCUGCACCCGCUCCGUCUCCAUCCCUGCGCCAGCCUACUACGCCCACCUGGUGGCCUUCCGUGCCCGCUACCAUCUGGUGGACAAGGAGCACGACAGUGCGGAGGGCAGCCAUGUCUCUGGUCAGAGUAACGGUCGGGACCCCCAGGCUCUGGCCAAGGCGGUGCAGAUUCACCACGACACGCUGAGGACCAUGUACUUUGCCUGAGCACCACCCCACACCACCACCACCGCACUUAAAACACACACCCCCACACCCCUGCCUGCCAGUCAAGGAGGGUUGCAGCCCCCCACAACCAGUCAAUCCGGACCUGACACUGUGUAGAGGGAAGAGGGGGGGUGGGGGAAGCCCCCCGCAAUGGACUGAGGAUGCAGACAGACGCUGCUUUAAAGAAAAAGAGAGGAAGAACUUGGCACUAUUAUGCAAUAUUAAACCAGCCCCCUGCUUUUCCUGGGCACCCUAACUCCGCCCCCACCUCCUCCAGGCCCUCCCUCCUUUUCUCCGGUCACGAAAGAGAUCUGUGGUUUUGAUUCCGGAUGUGUAUGGUUGACGUUGCAGAGUUUGUUCCCUUUCGUCACCAUGCCUUUUUUACCUCAACUCAGUUUAACGGCAGCACUUUCUGCCCUCUUUCGUUUGUUAGUUAUGUUUUGACUUUUCUUAAUCAAAGGUUGAGGAGAGAAGAAGAAAAGGAUGAGGUGUUUGAAGGGUGGAUCUCGAUCUGUGUAGAACUAUCACGGCACACUAGCUUGCCACUUAUUUUCCUCCAUCUUCUUUUUUUUUAGCCAAUGGUGACUUAUCAAAAGUGUGAGCGUGUCAAUGGACACUGUGUACUAGGAGACGAACACGAGCUCUUAUUUUGAGCACAGUGCCACCUGGAGUCUGAACGGUGUAAAUGCUCUCUUCAAAAGUCCCAACCUCUCUGGGGAAUAAGCUAUGAUGCUAAUCAUAUGAUUUCUUACUCUUAUCAUUUGACUUGACCCAGUAAGUGCUGUGCGUAUACAGUGGCACACAUCCGUAGAGGGUAAUACAAUGAUAUCAAACCCGAGGUCAGUCCCCUAUGACAUCGAUCUAAUGUGCUGUCACAGCAACAUUGCAAUGUGACCCUGUUUUGGAAUUUUCUUUCCUGUACAUCAUGUUUGAUAUUUAAGAUGUUUUUUUGUUUUUUUACCAUUAUUUUCAGUAUUUAUUAGUACGCUCAAGAUAUAGUAAUUUAAUGAGAAGAGCAUUUAUUUCUGCAUUCUUUCAUUCUAUCUGCUCUAUUUGAGUUUUGUUGUGGAAGAUCCUAAAUUGAAUGACAGAUCAUGUUGCUUUUCUCUAGUGCAAUAAUGUUUUAGCUGAGGGAAGGAAGAGUCUUCUAGAGGAUACGACUUGAAUGUCUGGAAGUCUGCAGCGGUGAGUUUAGGAGAAUGUACUAGAACCUAGAUCUCUUACGAGAGCUCUCGGAUAGUAAGAGAAUGUUUUUGAGCCACACAAUUGGCACUUACCCAGUUGCUCCUCUUUAUGAAGGGAGUAUCGGGGUUCAUAGGUCGAAGGGUUAUGCCAAUGAGUGUGUUAUGGGUUAGAAAUCAAGUGCCUGGUUUUGGAAAUGAACGGUUAAAUGGCUGGUUGUAUGGAUGGAUUAUGACGUGGUGGUCCUAGCUUUCAAAAUGUAUUCGAACAAGGAAGUUAAAGGGCAAGGUUUAGCUGGAGAAAGUUUUUGACAAGUUGCUUCACAUUGAAAUCCUUGCGAUUAGAAAAUAUAUAAUGUGUGUGUGUUUCUCCAGUCGUCUUUGCCUAAUAGCAGCGGUAUUUUAGCAGAUCAAGUCGUGCUGCACUCUGCCUCUAUCCUCAUCAGACACGGAUCUAGCUGCUAUAUCUACAUGUACUCAAGGUGACUAAGAAUCGAGGCAUGCCUCAGUCAUGAGCGGCAGGAGAGCUAAGCCGCUAAGACAAAAAUUCAAUUUCCCAUAUAACUGACCAUCCAAACCAAUAGUAGCUAGCUGUCUUCUAGAGUCAACAAUUCGAUGACUCUUGGAAGUCUGGGAGACUGAGUGAGUGACUUGUGUGGUCGCUGCUUAGCUCCUACGUGCUCUGUGACAUGAGGCAUGCCUAGUGGUGUUCAAAAGAGACAAUUAUCUGCACUAAAAUAAGUGUGUGUUGGACCGAACACAUGCCUCUGGUGCUAUGUACCGUAGUAAACCUCCCAAUGAAGUAGACGAGAGGGUCUGUGUUAUGUGGGGAACUGUAGGGAUUUCUCGUCCUAACUGUUAGUGGAAACGGUUGCCAUUUGAGAAUCUCUUGUUUUUGACGGUACAAUGAUACAAGGAGACAGUUCUCAAGGCAAGGACUGCUCCAAUAGGUGAACGGUAGUGUGGUCCAAUGGUAGAAUCCUGUGUCUCCCCCCCUCUAUAGUCACGUUUGACUGCCUUCCCAACUCUAGCCUUCCCCUGGCUGGAAGCCAAUGAGUUUGAGCCUUCAUGAUCUUCACUAGUGUCCAAAAAGCCUUUUUCAAAAGCCAGAUUGGAAGAAGUGUAUAUAUGUACAUUUCACAUUAUUGUAAUGCACACACCACUUAUUUUUGCUAACAAAAAAUCUAACCUAUGUAGUUAUAUAGUUAUUCAUCAUUAAACGUGAAGGGUAAUAAAAUGUGGCAAGAGUUUUGAGUCAACUGUUGUUGACUCGUGUGCUGUGGCAAUGUAUACUGUUAUUUGUGUAUUUUGGCGUGCGUACAGUGGCGGUGGCUCUAUUUGUGUGUCUGGGUUGUUAUACUGUUAUGGAUCGGGAUGCGGUGGACUUCUAUAAGUAAGAGGUGCUUCUAUUUCUGUCACUCUUGGCAGCUGUUGACAGCUCCUCCCUGUUGUCAAAGAAUCCAAAUGAAAAUCAUUGGCCUUUGUUUUUUUUGUUUUUUUUAGAGCAUAAUUGUUCUGAUCCUGCCUGAUCGUCUUUCUCAGGCGGGAGUUGAUGCCUGUAGAACAGGGGAGAGCGGGAGAAACCGGGGCUUGUCAAAGUGUUGUAGACCCACUUUAAAAGAUGUAGUUGAUUUAAAGAAUGAGAUGGUUACCUGGACUGGUCAUCUUGAACGUUGAGUACCAAUGUGGCCCGCGGUGUUUUAUUUUAAGCCUUGUGGGCGAUGAGGCCCCUAUAGAGCGAGACUUGGCCUUUUUAACUGUUGUUGCUUUUCUCCUCUCUCCUUGCGCAACCACGGGCACUUCUUGUGCUCAGAAAUACAAAGCCUUAAGGCCUCCGGUAAGUCUGCAAUGUGACAAAGUAUAUAAUCUCAUUUCGUUUUUUCCACUUUCUCCUUACUUUUGAUUCCCAUUGCCAGAGGACUACAUUCCAUAGCCUGUAGAUCUGCCAUCUGAUUCCCCUGAGAGCUAAGUGGAGAAAAUAUGGAAGACUAGAGGACAGAAGAAGUUAAGUUUGCUCCGUAAAUGUAUGAUCCAAUGGUGUCUUGGAUCGGUUUGUUGGUGUGUGCUUGGUUGGUAAAGAGUAGGGUAUUUUUGGUAGAUGGGUUUUUGUGCAUGUGUCUGGUUCUGGUGUAUGUAAAGUGAGAAGUAGGGCUGCCAUUUGAGGGAGGUGGUGUGUACGGAUCGGUACAUGGUUUAGCAAGCGACAAGCGUAGUGAUCAUCCAAACUGACAUGAUGAUGAGCGUCACAGACUGUAUAGAACAUUCUGAUUUUCCUGGGCAAAAGAACACAUGUUUACAUAUAGCAGAUGUGUUUGCCUAACAUCUUUUGACUUUUCAACUCGCUAAACCGUCAACAGUAACGUUUUUCAGAUGUUGGUUUGUGUUCAGCAGUUUUCUUUUUUUUGUCUUUUUUUUGUCUUUUUUUUGUCUUUUUUUUGUAGUUUCUUUUGUAUUUUCUUUUGCUUAGUUUAUAGAUAUUUAUGAGCAAGGCCUUCUAGGUCUUAAACAUCAACCCAGAGAUUGCUAUACUCUAUGGAAAAGUAGCUAUGUGUGUUCAUUCCAUUGCCUGUGACGCACAGAUAUACUGGAUUUUGAGUUGUAUGUCCUUUUCGGCGCGGAAGGUAAAUCUAUGGCAGAGUGAAGUCCACAGGAAGUGCCUUUCUUUAUGGUGGUGCUGUAAAACAAAAGUCAAAUGGCAAAGACGUUUAUCUCAUUUUUGAAGAAAAAUAUAAAAGCAUUGCAAUGCAGAAACACAUGCACAGUACACACACAUUAUUUAUAUGUAUGCACGCAUACCAAGAUGCAUAAAGACAGAGUAUAUGAUUGUGGUUGAGCGUUCACUUAGUGGUGCAUUUUGAGUUUGGACCAAUCGACUCGGUUGGUUGCUACAGUGGAACUUGCGUUGACAAGUGAGGUCAUAGUUAAAACCGAUGUGUGUGUGUGUGACACAGCCUGGGCCACGAAUGACGAACAUAGCACAGCACUUUAUAGACUGCCACUCUCACUCGGACACACAGCCACAACGUUUUCUGUCUUUGUACCUCCUCCAAUCCCCGCCUCCCAGAUACAGUGGCGUGUCGAGGACUUGUUAUGUGAUUUGAGGAGAUUUUCCUCCUCUGGGAAUUGGAUUACGACACCAAACAAAACGGUUACUAUCGCUACUAAGUGGUCAUUUUAAAGGUGUGCCUCCAGCUCAUGUGACUCCGCUGAUGAUGAUGACUGUUUUGAGUCGGCCUGCGUUUUGUGGUUUCUCAUUAAGAAUCUGAAACCACCAACGGUUUUUAAGUGUUUCAAUGUAAGGAAGUUGGAAGUAAUGGCAUUCGCAUUAGGAUGUCGGCAUGGCAUUCUCAUCCCAGUGCAAUGCCUCACCCUGCCGCGUGUCUCUUGUCCUUAAUGGAAGGAUAGUGGGCCCACUUUCAUUGGGGUUUUGGGGCAGUUCGGGUGUGGAAUAAGACUCAGAGGGUCUGUAUGAGUCAUUUGGGGUACCCAUCAGUCCAGGGAGGUGGUAUCUUUUUUACAAGAGAUUAAAAAAACAAUGCGCCUCACUUACCUUUAUAUGCUGCAUACGUUAUACUACAUGAGAGGAGAAACUGCAAAUAUUGCUUUGGUUAUUACAGUAUAAUGCUUGAUUAAUACCUGAUUAUGAUAUUCUCAUAACUGUUUUAGAGACGGAAGUAUAACUAAGAUUCUCUUGUUUAGUUUUUUUUUGUCUUAACACUUAUCUGACUUGAGCCGAACAUUUUAUUUUGUCCUCCUAUUUAAAUGUUAUUUUUAAUAUGUAUAUGAAAUAUAUAUUGCAAAAUAUUUUAUGCUGUAUUUAUUGAGUGCAUAAACGAGCAGCUAGCUAGAGUCUCCGCAACAUUGGCAGCAUGGUGGAGGUGCAGCUUGGGGACGAGGCCUUAAACCCCUCCCCCCCUCCAUGUUGAAGACUUAUCCUCCCCAAACACGCAAGCACAGCAACGUGUUGGAGGGCGGACGGAGGGGCACAGUUGAGCAGGGGCAUCUGUUUUUAAAUUAGGUAUUACUUAUGUUAGACCCCUGCUUUCUGUUUGGGGGAAGAGGCCUUCUCAUUAAGUCCUCAUCACCUUCUUGUACUCUCUAGUCCCUCUCUCCUCUCCGGUUCUCUCCUCCCAUCUUGUUGAUACCACCCCCACAUGUUGCAUCUCAUCUCUGUAGGGGUAGGGAACCUUCACUGAACCACACGGACUGAGCUGAGCCUUGUAAAAACUGACUUCCUCAUCCAGAGAUGCUAAUGUGUUAGCCAUGUAAACUCCCCUGGCCUGGUGGAGUACAGGUGGGUGAGAAUAGAGGGGAAAAGGAGGGAGGGAGGGAUGGUGCUAAGGCAGAGGAUGUAUGGUUAGGUGUGGCUUCUGUGCUUUCAUGUCUCCUCUGGAGUUUUUUUUUCUUGUGCCAGAGACUUACACAGUAAGGAGUAGAGACUAAAGUCCCAUUCCACUUAAAAAUGCAAUCCUCAGUCUUAAGUGUGUUCUUACUUCGUUGUUGGGUUUUAUUUACAACUACAGAAUGCCUGAGUUGAGUACAAAAAAAGGCCCAACUCCAAAAUGUCAUCCUCGUGUUUAUUUUCAAACCACUAACAGUGCUACAGUAGUUGGUGAGCCCCAACAUACAAAAGUGUAUGUUUCCCCACGUGUAUGGAUGUAAGAACAGGAGCCUGAGGGUUCUAUGUGCUGUACUUAGACUUGUACCUGUGUAACGAAUCAAGGUGUUGUAAUAAUGAGUUGCUGUUCUGUUUGCCCACUGUCUGUUAGUCGUUCCCACCUCACUCUAGGGUCAGAGGCAUGGAGCUUUGAAGGGGUCGUCAACCCUGUUCAGAACUUCAAUAGGCUUUUCCUACCUAUUACCCACAGACAAAUACUUUAAGACAUGUUGACUCCAUUUAGCUCUCUGUUUUGAUGUGCAAGCAGACGCUGCUUGCUUUUAGUCCAUUCGCAGUCCAUGUUGAGGUUUUGAAAUCCCGUUUGCUCGAGAGAAUAUCGGAUGCUGUUUUCCCAGUGUUAAAACUGGUUUGAAGACCGAUUUUGUCAGUGGCCAAGGAUGAUGGACUUUUUAAAGGUUUUCCUAUUUGUUACAUCUGUAUCUUGAGGUUAUUUUGUAUUUGACGUGCGGUCGGUUUGUGUCAUUACUUUUUAAUUGAAUGUCAGUCAGGAUUGUGUGCUGUGAUACCAUUUUGAGUCCUGAGGCACCUGCUAAAAUCAAUGGGUGUUUGAUGAUACGAACAAGGUAGCCACAUGAGUUCCAUGCCUCUGGCUCUGUUUCGGUCUCUGUCUCUGUGUGUCUCUACUCUGUAUGUUUCAAACUCUCUGUUGUACCAACAGGUCUUUUUUAUUUUAGUUUUAAAUGUCUUUCUUUUGUAUUUCUCUUUAGGCCUUUUAGUGUUACUUUGCUUACGUUUUUGAAGUGUAUCUUUCACAAAUACUUGCAAUAAAAAGCUUUGCUUUCAUA